UUCAGUGCGUUUAAAACAUAUAAAUUAAACAAUAGAUAUAUAUUUUAAAACCUUUUUCCAUCUACUCGUGAUUUGUCACGGGGCCCUUACGUCACGUGCCGAGGCGGGUCGACAUCAGGAAGUGUCCCGACGCAACUCUCCUCCUCAACCACCGCUAAGUUCUCCAUCAUGGCCUACCAGGCUGGUUUUCCGGAGGAGCCUAAUGCUUUGGUUCAAAUCAUUAGCUCCAACAUCCAGAGACUCACCCUGCUGACUUCCGAGCUACAGAGGGCGCUGUCACUGCUUGGAACCGAUCAGGACAGCAACCAGCUGCAAGUGACGCUGCAGCAGAACCAGCAACAAGGUAACCAGCUCGCCAAGGAGACGGACCGGCUCAUGAAGGAGUUCAGCGCGCUUCCUGUGGGCGCAGACCAGAGGCAGAGAAAGAUUCAAAAAGAGCGUUUGCUCAACGACUUCUCGGCGGCGUUGAACACCUUUCAGAAGACGCAGCGGUUGGCGGCCGACAAAGAACGAGAGUUUGUGGCCCGAGUCAGAGCCAGCUCCAAGGUGUCGGGUGGCCAGCCUGAGACUCAUUAUGGAAGUGUCACCCCUUUCCCAAGUGACCUGCAGGUGCAGGACCAGGAUGAGGCCGUCAGCGAGGAUGAUCUCCGGUUGAUCCAGGAGAGAGAGUCAGCCAUCAGGCAGCUGGAGUCAGACAUCACAGACAUCAAUGACAUCUUCAAGGACCUUGGGACGAUGGUGCACGAUCAAGGCGACAUGAUUGACAGUAUAGAGGCCAAUGUGGAGAGUGCAGAUGUGAACGUCCAGAGUGCCACGCAGCAGCUUGCACGUGCUGCCGACUAUCAGCGGAGCUCUCGGAAGAAGAUCUGCAUCCUGAUUUUAAUCCUGGUCGUCGUUGCCGUCGUCGUCGGCCUCAUCAUCUGGGGCGCCUCCAAGCAGUGAGUCCUCCUACUUCGCACCCCUACCGACGCUUCACGUCGGCUCCUGCUGCCAAGAAAUGUAAAAGCUCAACGGCCACUCGAUUGGGUAUGCACACACCAGCGAGUCGGAGUCAAUGCGAUAAGAGCUGAAGCAAACAUUUCUGUCACUGAUGAACUGGAAUGGCACCGGUGGUGCGGCACUAAAAAUAAACCUGACAAUGGUGUUCCACUUCAGGCCUUAAGGUGGCGGUAAUGAACAUUGCCAGACACAACAACAGAUUCACCAAAUCUUGCCAUAUGGGCAAAAGCAAGAUUUUUCAUGAAGCUCUUUUAUUUUCAUUCCAAUGACUUUGUGCAGGUGGGUCUAAUUUUGUUGGCAACCAUUCUAUGUGCAAUCCUCACAGUUAGUGCUAUUAUUCCACAAUUUGGCUAAACUCAGCUAAUUUCUAAACAAAAAUUAACUUAGCAUGGUUUUAAGUUAAGAUUUCUCAAGAAGGUUAUAUUGUGGAGUGAGACGCUUAACAUGAAGUUGCUUUUUCUUGUUGAUAUGAAGGAAGCUAAAAACAGUCAUCACAACAUGGUGAGUAAAUAACAGAUCAAAAUGUGCAUGUAUAUAUUUUUUUGUAAAUGACAAAUGUGCUGCCUCCCAUGUGCCCAAUCUAUUAAAUAUAUCUUAUCAUA